AUGGCAGGUCUUGAAGAUGCAAAGAGCCUGAGAAUUGUGCUGCUGGGGAAGACAGGCCAGGGGAAGAGUUCCACUGGAAACACUAUUCUGGGGAAAAACGUGUUUGAGGAUGAAUUUUCAUUUAGAUCAGUGACAACUGUUUGCCAGAAGGAGACUGGCAUUGUGAAUGGAAGGCGAAUAACUGUCAUUGACACCCCAGGAGUGCUUGAUACAGAAACUGGCAAAGAGGAGACUCAGAAAGAGAUUGUGAAGUGCAUUGGCAUGGCAGCUCCUGGGCCCCAUGUGUUCCUCCUGGUGAUUAAAUUAGGACGGUUUACAAAAGAAGAGAGCAAGGCUGUGGAAAUGAUCCAGACAAUGUUUGGUGAUCGAUCUAAAAUAUACACAAUUGUGUUGUUUACUCAUGGAGAUAUUCUCAAGGGAAAACCAUUUGAUCCUCACAAUGCAGGACGUGAAGUGAAUAAUCUUCUCCGUGCAUGCGGAACGAGAUACCAUGUCAUUGAGAACAACAAAAACAAUGAUAAGAGUCAGGUCAAUGAUCUUCUGAUUAAAAUAGACAACUUGGUGGAAGUGAAUGGCGGUACGUGUUACACCAAUGAGAUAUUUGAGAAAGUAGAAGAGGCUCUCAAACAGGAGCAGGAGAGAAUACUUCUGCAGAAGAAGGAGGAGAUUGAGAGGGAAAAACAGGAACUACUGGCCAAGCAUGAGAAUGAAAUUGAGAAACUGAAGAAUGAUAUGGAGGAGGAGAAAAGAAGACAGGAUGUUGAGGCAAAAAGGAGAGAGGAAGAAUUUAGGAGCAAGGAGAGCAGCAUGAGAGAGAGCAUGAAAGAAGCCAUGAAGAAAAUGGGGGAAGAAGACAGACGUAAGGCCGAAGAAGAGCUAAGGGUACAGAAAGAGAAAUUUGAGGAACAAAUGGAAAAAGAAGCUAAAGCUAGAGAAGAAGAUGAGCAAAAACAAAUGCAAUAUCUUGUAAAAACACAUGAGACAGAAAAAGAUCUUCUGAAGAGGGAGACUGAACUGGCAGCCAGGAGGCAGGCGGAGGAAGAGUUUAACACAGAAAUGUACCGAAAAGUCAUAGAGGCAAAAGAACAAGGCUACACCAAGGGGAGGGAGGCUGGUAGGAAGGAAGGAAUGAAAGAAGGGGAAGAGAAAGGUUUUGGCAAGGGGUAUGAGGAAGGAAAGAAAAGAGCUGCGGCAGAGCGAACUGUGUUGGGUAAAAAUGUGGAUGCCAUCAUUAAUUAUUUCUUCUAA